UCUUUUUAGCCUGUAAUCUUUAAACCUUAAAGUAGGCAAGAGAAACCAAGGGAAUUCAUCUUCAGCCUAGUUGUCAGUUUGUUCGCAGCUUUUGACAGCAUUCACACCUUGGCAUCGGCUAAGAAAUAUUUGGAAACCUUAUACAGCAAAACAGAGAGAUGAAGGCUCAAAAUGAACAAGAAGACCAAGAAGCUGAAAAUAUUCAGCGCGAGCCCAACAUGGAGCUCGAAAUACAGUUUAAUCAAACAAAGCAGCAUUUUUCACAUAUCAUGGAAGAGCUCGAAAUAAAGUUUGAUCAAACACAGCAGCACUUUGCACACGCCAUACAAGAACACCAAACGGAGAAAGCUCAGUACAAGAAUGCGUACCAGCAAAUAAAAGCAGAGAAGGAAGCAUUUGAAGCUAAAUGCAGAGAGCUGGAGUGCAAGUACCGUGAAAUGAAAGCGUCACGUGCACAGAUGCAGCACAGGCUCAAUGAGUCUGAGAGAAAAAAUGAAGGGCAGCAAAAAAUCCUUCAAGAAGCCCUGGAAGAACUUAAUUUAAUUCGUAAACAGACAAAAGAACAGGAAAGUAAGUGCAGUUCGGUGGAGUCCAAGCUUCAUAAAAUGAAAGUGACGCACAAAGACAUGCAACAGCAAAUUGAAGACUUGCUACUAAUGCAAAAACAACCACCAACAUUGAAAGAGAUGGAAAACAACCUGAGAGAAAUCCAAAACAAGUGGAAAAAUACAGAUUUGCAAGUACUUUAUAGUGAACUCGAGGUCAAAAGUAAAAAAACGGAGGAAGAAAAGGUACAGAUGCAGUCCAGGAUCACAGAACUGGUGAAAGAAAAUAGAGAUCUGCAAGUUCUUUAUAGUGAACUCGAGGUCAAAAGUGAAAAAAUGGAGGAAGAAAAGGUACAGAUGCAGUCCAGGAUCACAGAACUGGUGAAAGAAAAUAGAGAUCUGCAAGUUCUUUAUAGUGACCUCGAGGUCAAAAGUGAAAAAAUGGAGGAAGAAAAGGUACAGAUGCAGUGCAGGAUCACAAAACUGGUGAAAAGAAAUGCAGAACUGCAAAAUGUCUCUAACAAUGUGCAUCAGAGAAACACUGAACUGCAGAAGAAGCUGCAACAACAGAGGCAUACAAAUAAAGACAUGCAGUGUACACUCCAAGAAGUGCAGAGGAGGAAUGAGGAGUUACAAGAAAUGUGUGACCAAGUACAUCAAGACGUGCACCAGGCAAAGAAAAUACAGGAACAGAAAUAUAAGAAACUGAAAGAAAAGCAUGCAGCAAAGCUGGAAAAUAUAAAAGACCUUGAGGAAAGGUUAAUGAACCUUCAGAAGCAGAAUGACCAAAAUGUCAGAGCUCUGAGAAACCUUAUAUUACAGCUCAAAGACCUGCAGGAAAGCUACCUGAGAAAGAAAAAGUGCUUCAGGUGUUGCUGGAAUUAACUCCACCGCAUCUUCAGUUCCACCUGGACAACACUAGUGCCAACUGGUCAUCUGCCAAGACCGGUUGGGCCAGAGGUUUCUUCCUGUUAAAGGGAGAUUUUUCUUCCCACUAUCGCCUAGUGCUUGCUCAGAGGGGGUUGUUGGGGGUUUCUCUUCUCUAUCUCUUUCCUCUUUUCCUUCCUUUACUCUUUUUUUCCUUGUCAUCCCCAACCUGUUUCUUCGUCUUUGAGAACACAGGCUAGGAGGAGAGUGAUAAUAAAAAUAAUUAAAGCCGCAAGCGGCGAUAAUAGGCCCUCGCCGGCCGCCGCCCAGGUGCUGGUGCCGAUUUGAACCCAGCUUUUC